CGUAAGGAUAGAACUCGAUCUUAUUAGAGUAGAACUAGUUCUACCAGUCAUAUCCCUAUUAUAGUAGGAGAUCUCCGGCACCGCAUAUAUAUAUAAGCUUCACAUCAGAUUUGAUUCUCUAGCUAUUUCCUUACUCCGAUCCUUCUUUCUCUGUUUCGAUACUAGCUAGUCGAUCCCACUCCUUUCUCUGCAAUAGGAAAGUACUGCAAAAUUAGGUUAAAAUGGCUGGAGGAGUUAUCGGUUCGUCCAAUGGAAAGAACUACCCAGGCAAUCUCACUUGCAAGGUGCUCGUAACAUGCAUCGUUGCAGCGAUGGGUGGUCUCAUUUUUGGUUACGAUCUUGGAAUUUCAGGUGGAGUUACAUCCAUGGAUUCCUUUUUGGAACGGUUUUUUCCGGCUGUUUACAGAAAGGAAGCAUCGGUGAAGCCUUCCGAUGAUCAGUACUGCAAAUUUAACAAUCAAACAUUGACGCUUUUCACUUCGUCGCUGUAUCUUGCUGCUUUGAUCUCAUCCCUUUUUGCAGCAUCGAUAACCCGAAAGUUUGGGAGGCGUACUACGAUGCUUUGUGGCGGAAUACUUUUCUGUGCUGGUGCACUUGUCAAUGGCCUUGCUCAAGGGGUGUGGAUGCUCAUUGUUGGUCGCAUGCUUCUUGGUUUUGGAAUUGGAUUUGCUAAUCAGUCUGUGCCAAUCUACGUCUCUGAGAUGGCUCCGUACAGAUACCGAGGUGCUUUGAACAUGAUGUUCCAAUUGGCAAUUACAAUCGGCAUCCUCGUCGCCAAUUUGCUAAACUAUUUCUUUGCUCAGAUCAAGGGCGGUUGGGGAUGGCGCUUGAGCUUAGGCGGUGCCGUCGUCCCUGCUCUGAUAAUCAUUGUCAGCUCGUUUUGUCUUCCUGACACACCCAACUCUUUGAUUGAACGCGGCCAUUUGAAGGAAGCCAAGGAGCAAUUGGUGAAGAUCCGUGGCAUUCCCGGCGUAGACGAGGAGUUUAAGGAUCUUGUCGCCGCGAGUGAAGGCUCUAAACAAGUGAAACAUCCUUGGAUGGCUAUUUUGGACAGAAAGUACAGACCUCAGUUGACAAUGGCCAUUGCCAUUCCCUUCUUCCAGCAAUUCACUGGCAUGAACGUGAUCACAUUUUAUGCACCUGUUUUAUUCAAAACAAUUGGUUUUGGAAGCAAUGCUUCACUAAUUUCUGCUGUGAUUACUGGAGGCUGUAAUUUUCUUGCCACGAUUCUUUCAAUUCUCACUGUUGAUAAGGUGGGAAGAAGGUCACUUUUUUUGGCGGGUAGUGUUCAGAUGUUCAUCUGUCAGGUUAUUAUUACGAUUGCCAUUGGUGCAAAGUUUGGAGUGAGUGGAAACCCGGGUGACCUACCCAAGUGGUAUGCUUUUGGGUUGGUCUUCUUCAUCUGUCUCUACGUGGCUGGAUUUGCAUAUUCCUGGGGACCUCUAGGCUGGCUGGUACCAAGUGAGAUUUUUCCUUUGGAAAUCCGCUCGGCUGCUCAGAGCAUCAAUGUCUCAGUCAACAUGAUCUUCACCUUUGCCAUUGCACAAGUCUUCAUGUCAAUGUUGUGCCAUUUGAAGUUUGGCCUUUUCAUCUUCUUUGCAUGCUGGGUGGUGAUAAUGAGCUUCUUCAUUUACAAUUUCUUGCCGGAGACGAAAGGUGUCCCAAUAGAAGAAAUGGCAGUUGUGUGGCGAAAUCACCUUUUCUGGCGCAAGUUUGUUUGUUCCGACGGAGAUGCUCCUGCAAAUGGCGAUAUUCAGAUGGUUAAAAGAGUAGACACUGCUUGA